GUCACCGGAGGCGGCGGCGGCACCCGCCCGAGGGCGGGGGCGUGGGGGCAGAGUGGUGUCAGGGCGGCUUGGCGGCUGGCCCUGCCCCCGAGGGGGAGAAGUGGCGACUCCGGGGGCCGGCGCCAGGGCUCUGCCGCGGUCUGGGAGGCCGCCGCGGGCCCCUUCUUCUGGCGGCGGUCCGCUUGCAUGGUGAUCCGGGACGGGGCCGCUGCCGCCGCCAUCUCCUCCUCUUCCUCCUCCUCCGCUGCCGCCUCCUCCUCUUCCUCCUCCUCCUCCUCCUGGGUCGGGCCGAUCCCCUCCCCGCGGCCGCCUCCUCCUGGGCUGGGCCCGCGGUGCCUCGUCCCCUCCCCGAGCCGUUCUUGCAGCCGCCGCCGCCUCCUCCUCAUUCAUCCUCGUGCACCAUAGGCGGCACAGGUUCCAAGAUGUCCAACCGAGUGGUCUGCCGGGAAGCCAGUCACGCCGGGAGCUGGUACACAGCCUCAGGUCCUCAACUGAAUGCACAAUUAGAAGGUUGGCUUUCACAAGUACAGUCCACAAAAAGACCUGCUAGAGCCAUUAUUGCCCCCCAUGCAGGAUAUACUUACUGUGGGUCUUGUGCUGCUCAUGCUUACAAACAAGUGGAUCCAACCAUUACCCGAAGAAUAUUCAUCCUUGGGCCUUCUCAUCAUGUGCCCCUGUCUCGAUGUGCACUUUCCAGUGUGGAUAUAUAUAGAACACCUCUGUAUGACCUUCGUAUUGAUCAAAAGAUUUAUGGAGAACUAUGGAAGACAGGAAUGUUUGAGCGCAUGUCUUUGCAAACGGAUGAAGAUGAACACAGUAUUGAAAUGCAUUUGCCUUAUACUGCUAAAGCCAUGGAAAGCCAUAAGGAUGAGUUUACCAUUAUUCCUGUAUUGGUUGGAGCUCUGAGUGAGUCAAAAGAACAGGAAUUCGGAAAACUCUUCAGUAAAUAUCUAGCGGAUCCUAGUAAUCUCUUUGUGGUUUCUUCUGAUUUCUGCCAUUGGGGUCAAAGGUUCCGUUACAGUUACUAUGAUGAAUCCCAGGGGGAGAUUUAUAGAUCCAUUGAACAUCUAGAUAAAAUGGGCAUGAGUAUUAUAGAACAGCUAGAUCCUGUAUCUUUUAGCAAUUACUUGAAGAAAUACCAUAAUACAAUAUGUGGAAGACAUCCUAUUGGGGUGUUACUAAAUGCUAUCACAGAGCUCCAGAAGAAUGGAAUGAAUAUGAGCUUUUCAUUUUUGAAUUAUGCCCAGUCAAGCCAGUGUAGAAACUGGCAAGACAGUUCAGUGAGUUAUGCAGCUGGAGCACUUACAGUCCACUGAAGCUCUGAAUACUCAGGGAUACCACCUGCACAUACUCAUUCUCUAAAUGAGGUCCCAGCCUAGCCCUUACAAAGAUACAGUUCCUGGUCUUUGGGGAUACUGAAACCUCAAAAUUAAUAGAACUUUCUUCUCUUCUUUUCUAGUAGGUGUAGUCCUUCCUUAAUUUCAACUCAUUUUAAAAUGCUUUCUUGUUUAGGACAAUGGAAGGAAGGAAGACUGGUAUCAAAAUAUUUUAUGAUUUAAAAAAGUGAUGAUGGAUGUAAAGUCAUGGUGGCAGAUGGUCCUUCAAAUAAAACCUGUAAAGCAUUUACCAUAUUCUAAAUUUGCACUCUUUGCAGACCUGUGCACAUAUAUUCAGCUUUCAGAAUAGUUUUGCAAAUUGUAAACAAACGAAAAAGGGUGGAAGCUUUUUAAUAAUGAAAAUUGCAUUUAUAAACAAUCUGUAUUAGAAUAUAAUAAAUCUCCAGUAUAGUCAACUACUACCCGUGUUGUACAACAGAUACCUUCUAUUUUAGUUGCUAAUAAAGGGCUACACAACUCAAA